AUGCUACGGAAUAACCCACAUUCCUGAAAGACAACAAUACGGAAUCGUUCUCCCAUUAGCUAGUGAAGGUGACCUACGUAAGUACAUGAGGAACUAUUUUCCAUUAGGAUGGAAACUAAGAUUACGUAUAUUGCAGGGUAUUAUCAAUGGCCUAAAGGGUAUUCACGAUUUAAACUUCGUACAUGCCAACCUUCACCCAGGAAAUGUGGUAAUUAACGUUGAUAUGGGAGAAACAAAAGCAUACCUUAUAGACUUCGGAAUGAGCAGACGCAGUGGCGCGAGUUCACAAGAAGUUGAUAAGAAUAUGCCGUUCAUGGCGCCUGAAAUCAUUAAAGGGCAGGGAUACACUAAGGCGGGAGACAUUUACAGUUUUAGUAUGCUAAUGUACAAAAUUUCUUCUGGAAAUUCUCCGUUUAAACAUAGAAGCUCUGAUGUGCAUUUAGCACUCGAUAUUUGUAACGGGUUACGUCCUCCUCUUGACCGGGAAACUCCAAAAUGCUAUGCCGAUCUCAUGAGUCGUUGUUGGGAUACUGAUUCUUUGAAACGACCUACUAUUAAAGAAUUAAAAAAAUACAUCGACUCUUGGUAUAAUAACGAAAGAAGCACCUUUUCUUAA